AUGGGUUGGUUUUGGGCAGAUUCAAAAGCUAGAUCUAUAAACGAUUCAGUAAGCACUCCAGCAUCCUCAGGAUGCCCUAUAGAUCAUUCUUCUUUUAUAUCAGCUUGUCCCGUUAAAGGAAGUGGCGGCAACAAUGAAGAGCUUAACCCAUUAAAUAACAUGCCAGUAAACCUUUCAUCGCAACGAGCACCGGGUCAAAAAUUAGCAUUGUCAACUACUCGUACAUUUUCAACUAUUCCUCGUGGGGAAACUGAAGAUAAUGGUGUGUGGGAAUAUCCAUCUCCACAGCAAAUGUUGAAUGCUAUGUUACGUAAGGGAAAAGGUGAUGGUAUUCCUGAGGACGCAGUGGAAUCAAUGGUUGAUGUUCAUAAUUUUUUGAACGAAGGUGCCUGGCAACAAAUCUUGGAUUGGGAAAACAAAUAUACUUUAGAAACUAAGGUGGAACCUCGAUUAAAACAAUUUACUGGUAAACCACACGAUUUAUCACCACGAGCACAAUUAUUCUUAUGGUUAGGUAAAUUUUUCCCUGAACAGUUCAAUACUCAGCCACCAUUUGAUAGACACGAUUGGACAGUUUUAAGGUCUCAGGGAAAAGAACAAGGUUGGAAAGAAGUCAGAUACAUUAUAGAUUACUAUUCUGCACCUGAUGAUGAAGAUACAGGAAUGCCAGCUUUUAUGUUGGAUACACGUCCUGCUUUGGAUAAUUUUGAAAAUGCUAGCGAUAGAAUUAUUCGUUGGGCAAAACCAAUAUGGAAGAAGGCCAUGGGUGAACCAGAUACUGAUUAA